AUGGCAGAUGCAAGACCUAAACGUGUACUUAACGAGAUACAAAAAUUACAGGCAUUAGCAACCAAUAAUGAUCCAUCAUCAGUGAAAUUUCUUCUUGAUAAAUCACCUUUAGAUGAUCAAUCAAGUGGAUCUCAAGCAGCCACAGCUAGUUCAGCAUCAACUAUAAUACUUGGAAGAAUAUUACCAAAUUCGGAUAUUUUUAAUCAAGCUGCUUUUCAAAUAGAAAUUAAAUUAACAUCAGAAUAUCCAUUCAAAGCACCUGAAGUUCGAUUUAUUACACCUAUUUAUCAUCCAAGUGUUGAUAAAGACGGGAAAAUAUGUGUUGAUAUAAUCAAUGGGGAUGGAAAGUAUAAAGCAACAACACCAUUAACUAGCAUUAUUAAAGAUAUUGUUGAUCUUAUUGAUAAUCCACAAAUUGAUCAUUCUGUUAAUGCUGAUAUUGGUGCCGAAUAUGUAUCGAAUAGAGCCGAAUUCAAUCGUAAAGCAUUAGAAUCGGUUAAAAAAGAUGGUUUACCAAGACAAUAA